AGCAGCCGUCCCAGCCGGGGCGUGGACUUUGCUCAGGCAGCCUCCCGCGGAGGACGGGGACACGGUGCUCAGCCACACCAUGGGACGCCCACUGCACCUCGUCCUACUCAGCGCCUCCCUGGCUGGCCUCCUGCUGCCCGGGGGAAGCCUGUUCAUCCGCAGGGAGCAGGCCAGCGCCGUCCUGGCGAGGGUCAGGAGGGCCAAUUCCAUCUUAGAAGAGUUAAAGAAAGGAAACCUCGAGAGGGAGUGCCUGGAGGAGACCUGCUCCUACGAGGAGGCCCGCGAGGUGUUCGAGGACGGCGCCCAGACGAAUGAAUUCUGGAAUAAAUACAAAGACGGCGACCAGUGUGAAGGUGAUCCUUGCCAGAACCAGGGCAAAUGUAGAGACGGCCUCGGGCAAUACACCUGCACCUGUCUAGAAGGAUUCGAAGGCAAAAACUGUGAAUUAUUCACACGGAAGCUUUGCAGCCUGGACAAUGGGGACUGUGACCAGUUCUGCCACGAGGAGCAGAACUCAGUGGUGUGCUCCUGUGCCAGUGGGUACAUCCUGGCUGAUGAUGACAAGGCCUGCAUUCCCACAGUGCCCUACCCCUGUGGAAAACUUACCUUGGAACGCAGGAAGAGGUCAGUGGCCCAGGCCACCAACAGCAGCGGGGAAACCCCCGACAGCAUCACCUCGCCACCGCACAACACGAGCGACCUGGACCCCACCGAGAACCCCUUCGACCUGCUGGGCUUCAACCAGACGCAGCCCGAGGGGGAGGACAACGACGUCGUCAGGAUCGUGGGUGGCCGGGAAUGCAAGGAUGGGGAGUGUCCCUGGCAGGCUCUGCUCAUCAACGAGGAAAACGAGGGGUUCUGUGGUGGCACCAUUCUGAGCGAGUUCUACGUCCUCACUGCGGCCCACUGUCUCCACCAAGCCAAGAGAUUCAAGGUGAGGGUAGGGGACCGGAACACAGAGCUGGAGGAGGGCGGCGAGACCGUGCACGAGGUGGAGGUGAUCAUCAAGCACAACCGGUUCUCGAUAGAGACCUACGACUUCGACAUCACCGUGCUCCGGCUGAAGACGCCCAUCACCUUCCGAAUGAACGUGGCACCCGCCUGCCUCCCGGCGCGGGACUGGGCCGAGUCCACGCUGAUGACACAGAAGACGGGGAUCGUGAGUGGCUUCGGGCGCACCCACGAGAAGGGCCGGCAGUCCACCACACUCAAAAUCCUGGAGGUUCCCUACGUGGACCGCAACACCUGCAAGCUCUCCAGCAGCUUCACCAUCACCCAGAACAUGUUCUGUGCCGGCUACGAAGCCAGGCAGGAGGACGCCUGCCAGGGGGACAGCGGGGGCCCCCACGUCACCCGCUUCAAGGACACCUACUUCGUGACAGGCAUCGUCAGCUGGGGAGAGGGCUGUGCCCGGAAGGGGAAGUAUGGGAUCUACACGAAGGUCUCCGGCUUCCUCAAGUGGAUCGACAGGUCCAUGAAAACCAGGGGCGUGGCCAAGGCCGAGAGCCACGUCCUGGGCGUCAACACGUCCUCUCCAUUAAAGUGAGAUCCCACUCAA